CCCCAAGUCUCUGGGGCCAGGACAGAGCUCUGCCCCACUGCCUCCAGUGCCCCCUGGCCCUCUGCACUGGGCACAUCCCGCCUCUGAGAUGGCAGCAGGAUUGGGAGGCUUGGCUGGGUGCCUGUGGCUGCUGCUGCUGCCCCUCCUGGGUGGCCACCUUGUGCCAGCGGAAGAGGUGCUGUCGCUGCUGACUGUCGUGCAGCGGGGCCUCGCCCCAGAGAUGUGGCUCAGCGAGUUCGUGGCCAGCUUUGAGGGCCACGAGAUCUUCCAUGUGGACCGAGAGCAGAAGACCGUCUGGCGCCUUCCUCAGUUCCAGGAGCUCACCAGCUUCCAGGCCGAGGGCACCUACCAGUACACCUUUGCCCUCCUUUCCAACAUUGACAUCCUCAUGCGCCGCUCCAACUACACCCCAGCCCGGAACGUGCCCCCGAAGGUGAUGGUGUACCCAGAGAGGCCAGUGGUGCAGGGGGAGCCCAACGUACUCAUCUGCCUGGCUGACGAGUUCUCGCCCCCGAUGAUCCGCUUCACCUGGUUGAAGAAUGGGUGGAAGGCGAUGGCUGAUGUGCAGGAGACGGUCUUCUACCCCACUGUGGACAACGCCUUCCGCAAGUUCUUCUACCUGCCCUUCAUCCCAGACGCCGAGGACAUCUACUACUGCCGGGUGGAGCACCCAGGCCUGGCCCAGCCCCUCACCAAGGAGUGGCGUGCCAACGUAACUGAGUCCUUCCCAGAGACAGGGGAGACGGGAGAGAACAUUGCGUGCGGCCUGGGCCUAGCCGUGAGCUUCGUGGGCAUUGUCCUGGGCACCGUUCUCAUCAUAAAGAGCCCACAGAAGAACUAGGCCA